AUGAACAACGGCGUAGCUCGCGCGCAGGGGCCCAGCACCAUCGCCAGGCACGCACCUCCCAUCUCGAUCGGGACCACCCUUAGCCUCACCAGGCCCGACCCGCAGAUGUAUGUGGCAGAGGUAAUCUCAGCCCCCUCGCCCGGAAACUGCGAGUUCAACGCUGCCAUCCUCUGCAGCGGCGACGUCCUCACAUUCAUAUGGCAGGAUGGGGAAUGGGUGAUCGACAUUCACCUCAACGAAGAAGUGGAGUGCGAGGACAUCGGGGGGACCAGCGCCACCACAGCCGAAGACCUACACGCAGCCAGUCCAAGCAGCGGGGUGAGCCAGACAGUCGUGGAGGACAGCCCCCCAGCCCACAGACAGCCACCACCACAAAGCCCAGGAGAGCAGGCCACACCGGCCUCCACAGGCAACACCGCGCAAGCCGCCACGGUCAUCAACAUGCUACGCGACCUGCUCUUCGAAACAGCAGGGGACGACACACAUGCAGUAACAUUUAA